CGCUAACCUAACAUUUUUCGGUACGUUUAUUUGUUGCCCGGACUGCACGUGUAAAGUAAACUUUGUUGUGUUCCAAUUACCGUGAAUCUAAAACCGAAAAUGGCCAACGAUUUAGAUCAGCAAAUUAUCAAACAGCUCGAAUACUAUUUCGGGGACAUAAAUCUACCGAGGGAUAAAUUUUUGCAAGAGAAAUUGAAGGAAGACGACGGAUGGGUCACCUUAGAGGUUCUGCUAACGUUUAAGCGCUUAGCUGCCCUUUCUACCGAUACAGAAGUCAUCGCCAAGGCGGCCGAGAAGUCAGAAAACAAAAUAGUAGAAGUUAGUGAAGACCACAAGAAAAUCCGGCGCCAUCCCGAUAACCCGGUGCCCGAAUUAACCGCAGAAAGGCGCCAAAUUUUAAUGGAUAGAACUGCUUAUGUAAAAGGUUUCCCGUUGGACGAAGACCUCAGUAAGAUAAUCGAAUUCAUGGAGCCCCACAAAGUGGAAUCCUGCCAUCGAAGAACGAAGAAAGACCACACAUUUAAAGGCUCUUGCUUCAUUAUCUUCAAAGACGUCGAGGCUUGUAAAACAUUUGUCGAACUCGAAAGCCUAAAAUACGGGGAACAAGAGCUAAUAAGGAAAUUCCAAAAAGUAUACUUGGACGAAAAGCGGGCGCAGUUCAAGAAGGACAAGGCCGCUUUGGCGCAGGCCAAGAAAGACAAGGCUGCGUUGGCUGAUAGUCAAAAACAGGAGCAAAUCGAUUUCCCCAAAGGGGCUGUAAUACAUUUCACCGGGCUGGAAGAGGGCCAGUGUUUGACGCGGGAAGAACUGAAAGAGAAAGUCAAGGAAGUGGGAGAGUUGGAGACUCAAUUUAUAGAUUUCACCAAAGGAGAUUUGCAAGGUUAUUUCCGUUUUCCGGAAGCGAACAAUGCCGUUGAUUUCUUCAAGAAGCUUACCGAUGGGGAAUUGGAAGUAAGUGGAUACAAGCUGAAAUUGAGGGUGUUAGAAGGACAGGAAGAAGAGGAAUACCUGAAGAAAAGUUCAGAUGCAAUUCACGAAUUAAGGAAGAAGCAAAAGCAGGGCGGUAAAUUUAGGAAACGCAAGUUUAAUCACAGUCACGGCGGUAAAAAUGCGAAAUCCAAAAAAACAGAAUAAUCUGUCUAUUCCAUUUUAUUUUUAAUAACUUUAGUUUUAUUUCUAAUUGCUGAAAAGAUACUUGUAUAUCUUGAACAAGAUUGUAUUAGUAACAUAAGGUCACAAAUAUGGGUCAUGUUACUCAUUAAGAAUUUUGUGUGUUAUGAAAUGAAAUAAAAGAUUCAUUAAAAACUCCUUGAAAGUAGGAAAUUGAUAUUUUCUUCUUGCGUUCGUUUUGUUUUCAAAUCAGUUUUACUUGGGAUAUUGAGAGUUUAAAUACAUAACAUGACUGUUAAAUAUGGUUUUAUGUUGCUAAAAAUUUAUAAUUUUGUUGUAUUUGUUGAGGGAGUUGAAAAAUAUCUGGUGAGUAUCCAAACAAAUUGGCGACUAAUCGUAAUUUUGUUCGUUGUUAUAAAUUGGUGUACAGAUAAGUGCAAAUUUGUUCGCAAUAUCAUCAAUUCAAUGAGUUGAACAAAGAUAUUAAUAAUAUAACAUUGGUUAGAGUGAGAGAGUUUGUAACACAACAAUAUCACUUUUUUUUUCCUUCUUGAGACUAAUAGAAGUUGUCUUUGUCGCACUUGCAGCCCGUGUUGGGAGCAAAUUUGCACUUACCUGUAUGUAUUCGAGUUACUUCUUUUUAAAUAUGUAGCUCUCGAAAUAUU